AUGUUUCCUACUCGUUUUGCUCAAUUUCUUUGGAAAUCAAACCAAGUACAUCGUACUGUGCUGGUUGCUCCUCGUUAUCAGCACAAGAGUGCAGCUGAACCAUUCUUGAAUGGUAGUUCUUCAAAUUAUAUUGAAGAUAUUUACGCUGCGUGGCUGAAUGACCCUAACUCCGUGCAUAAGUCUUGGGAUGUUUAUUUUCGUGGUGUCUCCAAUGGAGCCUCUUUGGGGUCUGCCUAUUCGUCUCCUCCUACUUUGGGUUUUGAGAAAAUGAAUUAUGUGCCAUUGGCUUCUCCUACUACGAGACCUUCUGCAUCAACGGGAAUUAGUGCUAAAAGUAUUCAGGACCAUUUGACCGUUCAGACGGUUAUUCGAUCUUAUCAGAUUCGUGGACACUUGGCUGCCAAGCUUGAUCCCCUCAACAUUAAAACGCCAAUUGAAUCGUCCCGAGAUAUUGUAUAUGGGCGCUAUCUUGGAGAAGCUGUUCUACCAGAAAUGGACCAGGUCUUCCAUCUUCCCCUUUCAACUCAUAUUGGUGGGGAUCAAACUGAACUUCCUUUAAGGGAAAUCAUAAAUCGGCUUGAGGUUGCAUAUUGCCAAUCAAUCGGUGUUGAUUACAUGUUCAUCAACGAUCUUGAAAAAUGUGACUGGUUGCGUCGUCGAUUUGAAACUCCUGGGGUCACAAAGCUGCCGGAUGAGGAUCGUAAACUCCUGCUCUAUCGUCUGACCCAGGCCUGCAAGUUUGAAGAGUAUCUCGCCAAAAAAUGGAGCUCUGAAAAGCGUUUUGGUAUAGAGGGUUGUGAAGUCCUCAUUCCUGCUAUGAAGACUGUAAUCGAUGAAUCGGUUGGGAGAGGUGUAGAUAGUUUUGUUGUCGGUAUGGCUCAUCGUGGUCGUUUGAAUGUCCUCGCGAACGUUUGCCACAAGCCUCUCUCUGAAAUCUUUUGUCAGUUUGAUCCGAGUUUGAAAGCGGCCGAUGAAGGAAGUGGUGACGUGAAGUACCAUCUUGGUAUGAGUCAGCGUCGUGUAAAUCGCAAAACAGGAAAAGAAUUCAAUAUUGCUGUUGUGGCUAAUCCCAGUCAUUUAGAAGCUGUUGAUCCUGUGGUUCAAGGGAAAACAAGAGCUGAGCAAUUUUAUCGUAAAGACUUUGAGGGCAAACAUGUGAUGCCAAUUCUCUUGCAUGGCGACGCAUCAUUUGCCGGCCAGGGUAUUGUCUACGAGACGAUUCACCUCGCUAAUCUUCCCUCCUACACCACUCACGGAACAGUUCACAUCGUCGUAAACAAUCAGAUUGGUUUCACCACUGAUCCUCGAAUGUCUCGUAGUUCCAUGCACUGUACCGACGUUGCCCGAGUGACCAAUUCCCCCAUCUUCCAUGUCAAUGCCGAUGACCCGGAGGCUGUUGUCCACGUUGCUCGUGUUGCUGCGGAAUGGCGAGCUACGUUCUGUACCGAUGUGGUUAUUGAUCUAGUCGGUUACAGGCGAUUCGGUCACAAUGAGACUGACGAGCCUAUGUUCACUCAACCACUCAUGUACAAACGCAUUCGGCAGAUGCCCACUGUACUCGAGAAGUAUUCCAAGCAACUUUUAGCCGAGGGCAUUAUCACAGAACAGGAAUUUAAGGCAAGCGAUUCUCUUGAGGCCUAUCAAAAGACUUGCGAUAGCGCUUAUACCGAAGCUAGGGCACAAACUGUCACCUACAAUCGUUCGUGGAUAGAUUCUCCUUGGGAAAAGUUCUUUGAAAAUCGUGAUCCCAUGCACCUCCCUUCUACUGGUGUUGAAGAGUCUCAGCUCAACUUCAUUGGUGAAGCUGUUAGUGGUUACCCACAAGACUUCGUUGUUCACCCUGGUUUAAAAAGAGUUUUGAAGGGACGCGCAGAUUUAGUCAAGAAUCGUAUGGCUGAUUGGGCCCUGGGUGAAUUCUUUGCCUAUGGCUCACUUCUCAUGUCUGGCCACCACGUCCGUGUCUCCGGACAAGAUGUCGAGCGGGGAACGUUCUCUCAUCGCCAUGCCGUUCUACAUGAUCAGGACAUCGACCAGAGAGUGUAUGUCCCACUGAACAAUCUCUCUGAGCAUCAGGCUCCCUUCACAAUCUGUAACAGUUCCCUCUCCGAGUUCGCGGUCAUGGGGUUUGAAGUGGGCUACUCCCUUACUAAUCCUAAUUCCUUGGUGAUUUGGGAAGCCCAAUUUGGUGAUUUCGCUAACGGAGCUCAAAGCAUUAUUGACCUCUACAUUAGUUCAGGUCAACAGAAGUGGGUCCGUCAAUCCAAUAUUGUCUUGCUCCUCCCUCAUGGUAUGGAAGGUAUGGGUCCGGAGCAUUCUUCUGGUCGUAUGGAACGAUUCCUCCAGCUCUCUAAUGAUGAUGAGUGCUAUAUUCCGGUUAUGAAUGAGAACUUCUCUCAGGAACAACUAUUGGAAUCUAAUUGGAUUAUUGCCAACUGCACUACUCCCGCAAAUAUAUUCCAUAUUCUGCGGAGACAAAUCCUUCUGCCUUUCAGAAAGCCUUUGGUUGUCUUCUCGCCGAAAUCGUUGCUUCGUCACCCAGAUGCACGCUCAUCCUUUGACGAUAUGCUUCCUGGCACCAGUUUCCAACGUCUCAUCCCCGAAAAAGGUCCUGCAACUGAGAACCCUGAGAAUGUGAAGAAAUUGAUCUUCUGCUCUGGAAAGGUUUACUUCGACAUCAAAAAGCACAUUGAUUCUGCUGAAAAGUCUAGAGAAAUCGCAGUGGCCCGAGUUGAGCAACUGACCCCACUGCCUUAUGAUCUUAUUAAGGCUGAAUUGGAGCGCUAUCCCAACGCCGCUGUUCAAUGGGUACAAGAGGAGCAUCGCAACCAGGGUGCUUGGAGUUAUAUUCAUCCUCGCAUUGAACAUCUCAUCCAACGUGAGAUGCCCAAUCGUGUGCACACCAGUCUGCUUUAUGUUGGUCGACCUGCUAGUGCAGCACCUGCAACUGGUCGUAAAUCAAUUCACUUGAUGGAACACUCGCAUAUCCUCAAGGCCGUUCUUCAGACAAAGUAG